GAAAAAAUAUGUAGUUAAAAUCAGUGAUUUGGAAAGCGAAGGGGAAAAAAGAAAGGAAUAAAGAAACUUGCAUAAUGCGACCGCCAUCUCUACACUGCAAUUUCUUCUCAUCUCUCAAACAGGUUGAAAAAAGAUUGAAACUAGAAGAAAACCAACCAGAUUCAGGACAACCCCAUGUCCCUACUCAAUCUUUUAGCACCCCACUUUACCUGCACUUAACCCACCCUUCCAACACUAACACAACCAACAGCGAACCCCCUCAAGCUUUCAUGUCUUCUUCACCUCAGUCCCUUUCUACAAAUGAAACCCAUCCUCAGAUUAAUCCCCCUCAUUCCCCCGCAACAAGCAAAGACACUGAUGAUAUCGAAUAUUUGAUGCAGCUUUUGGGUUUAUCGGAUAAUCUGGGAGAAACCCAGAAAAGAGAGAAGCACAAAACUGUUGUUGGUGGAGGGAAUUCUUGUGGAUGUGAGUGUGGAUUUUAUGAGAAGAUUGUUGGUGUUAAAGGGCCAAAGUGUGACAAAGAAGUGGAAAGACUGGAAGGUUGGAUUAUAUAUUUCUCCAGGAAUGGUAGUGAGCCAUUGAGGUUGGCUUUCUUGCUUAUGGCUAAAGCUGCUUUCGAGAGUGCUGAUGAUUCUGGGUUUCAAACUCUGGAGUUUCCGUCAAUUAUAGAUGAAUUUUUAAAGAUUGACCCACCUAAAGACUGACAGUCUGAGACAUUACUAGGAUGUAAUGGUAAUAUGAAAAUACUUUUUGUUUUGGACUAGCUGAUUUAUACUUGUACAUUUUGCUUGGACUUGCUUUUAUAUUUACUUUUGAUUGGUUAAUCACCAAAACUUUAUAUGCAUGAUAUAUAUAAGUUUGUACAUUUAUUUAGAUUUGCUGAUAUAUAUACUUUUAAUUGGUUAAUUGCCAAAAACCUAAAGACAAAAACAAAGAUGCAAUCUUUUUCAUUUCUCACUUGUGAAGAGUAACUGCUAUUACAUAUAUUUAUCCUUCCAAUACAUUAGAAUCGAAUGGAGUCUGCAGUUAUUCUUCUCCAACACAGCUGGGUGCUCAAUUCUUCAUGAGAUUAUGGCCUCAUUUUCAUAGUUAUUUGCUUUUAGCUUUGAAAGGAUAGACAAAACCUCGUUCAUGUUGGGUCUUUCCUCAGGAUUAGGGGAGGUACAAAACAAGGCUAGCUUGAAAAGUUCCUCCACUGCUUCCAUUUGUUUAUUGGAAUCAUUUGAAGCUAGCAUAGGAUCCAAAACUUGGAGGACUCCUUUGGUUCCAGUAGCAAGGGAUUUCUCAACUCGUUGACGGAGACUGACUGGCUGUCCGUCCUCUUCCAUUAGUCCAGUUGGUCUUUGUUUUGUUAGGAACUCCAUGACUACUAUGCCGAAGCUGAACACAUCCACUUUAGUUGUGACAUUCCUCAUGUAUGCAAAUUCUGAAUGAGGGCAGAGUAAUGUCUCAGUAAUUCAGGUUUUGAAAUCUAAUGAUGUUCAUUAGAAACUUAGCAAGUUUAUAAGCAUGUAAUUGUUUAAGCAUGGUCAUUUGAUUAUCACUUGAUCCAUUCAAAGAUAUGAAGGAAUUCUAGUGUUAGAAUAGUUGAAACUAGACUACAUGCAACAUGGGAGACCAUAUCUUUUCUCAAGAUGCUUAUUGAAAAUAUUGCAGGUUUGGAAAUUUUUCUGGCACAUAUGAGAAAUGGAUGAGUGCUUAAUAAGUUGGAGCAAUUGAAGAUUACCUGGUGCCAAGUAGCCAAUAGUGCCUUCAAAUGCUGAUGUUGAAGAAAGGCUACUUCCGUCAUGUAGAUGGACAUCCAGCAUGCGAGCUGUUCCAAAGUCACUUACAUGUGCGACCCAAUCACCAUCCAGAAGUAUAUUGGAAGGCUUCAAAUCACAAUGCACAAUGGGGAAAUCAUAACCAGAAUGCAAGUAAUCCAAUGCACUAGCAACUGAAAUGCAAAGAUCAAUUCUCUUAGAUAAUGUCCAGAUAUGAAGAUCCAUCAUGGAGCCAUGUAUAACACUCUCUAAACUUCCGUUCUCCAUGUAUUGAAGAAUUACAGCCUUCAGCUUCUCACUUUCCCAUGCAUACCCAAGUACCUUGACCAGAUUCUUGUGCCUUAAAUGGCUCAAGUUUUUGACUUCUCUGUAAAAGCUCUUAUCAGAUUCUUUGGAGAACUGAUGCAGAUUUAAUUUUUUUACUGCUAUCAGCUGGCCAUCUUCCAGCUGGCCCUUAUACACGGUACUCAAACUGCUUGCUCCAAUAAUGUUAUCUUUACUGAAGGAGCUUGUAGCAUUUUCUAACUCCUCUUUAUCAAACCUUCUUAGAACUGCUGCUGUAAACUCUGUUUCUGGAUUUUCCAACUUGACUGGGUUACUCUCUUUGGCAUGCCAAAGGAGGAAUGAAAUGGCUAGCACUAGGGUCAGCACUACAGAAACAGAUCCAAGUAUGCUGAGAAUUGUUAUUGCCUUUUUCGAAAACCGAUUUGAACUUCUCUUGCUGCACGACCCGAGAAAUGUGUUUCCACAGAGAUCUCUAUUUCCUACCAAACUUGACAUGUUGAUAGUUUUGAAUAUGCCUUUCUCGGGAACAUGGCCUUCAAGUUGAUUGAAUGAAAGAUUUAGAUGCCUCAAGCUGGAACUAUUGGUGAAGCUUUCUGGAAUAUGACCCCGAAGUUGAUUCUGGGACAGGUCUAGUGAGCUUAGAUGCUUCAAUUUUGCCAAGUUCUCCGGAAUUUCACCAUCUAAUUUAUUUCUUGAAAGGUUCAAGCUUCUAAGCAUAUCCGAUUGAGCAAAAGCGUCAGCAGAGAUGAAACCAGAAAGUUUAUUUCCUGAAAGAUCUAGAGAAAACAAAUUUCUGCAGCCUCUAAGUGUCGUAGGAAUGACUCCUGAAAUGUUAUUGUUUGAGAUGUCAAUGGCUUGUACCAUUUCCAGCAUCCCUAGCUCAUCUGGAAUACGUCCAUCUAAGAAAUUGUAGGAGAAGUUCAGAUACAGUUGCAUCAUUUUCAUCCCUGCAAACAUGGACUUUGGAAUUGAUCCACUGAGAUGGUUGUGAGAGAGAUCCAAUGUUGAAAGUCGAUAUAGACAGUCCAUUCUAUUUGGAAUGGACCCAUUGAGCUUGUUGUUGUUGAGGUUGAGAUAUGUAAGAAACUCAAGCUCUGAGACAGCAUCUGGAAUGGGACCUGUUAUCUUGUUGUGCUGCAAGUCUAGAUAAGUUAGCUGCUUCAGUUCAAAUAGUCUCUCAGGUAGGGCACCUUCCAGAGCGUUGUCAUGCAAUGAGAGCCCCUGAAGGAGAGAGGCUUUUGAUAUUUCUGGUGGAAUUCGGCCCGUGAAACCAUUUCCUGCAAGGGUCAAGGUCAUGAGUUGGCUUAAAUUGCCAAUCCCUGGUGGAAUUGACCCUACAAAUGAAUUGAAAGAAGCUUUCAAAACCUGGAGAUUAUAGAGUUUGCCGAUAUCUGGCUUAAUCAAUCCAGUGAAAUUGUUUUCAGCUAUACUUAGGAGAUGAAGAUUUGAGCAGUUGAAGAGGUCAUCAGGAAUUUCACCUGACAUCCUAUUUGCCCCUACAGAUAGACGUGUUAAAUUUGGCAACUGUCCUAAACCUGAUGGAAUUUUCCCAGUUAUCCUAUUAAACCCCAAAGAUAUAUACAUUAGAUGGGUACAAUUGGCAAUGCUUGGGGGAAUUGAUCCCUCAAGAUGAUUGACUUCCAGGCUCAAGUUCUUUAGAUUGUAAAGCAAUCCAAGAUUUUGUGGAAGUCUUCCUGUCAGGGAAUUGUAGCUCAUUGACAAAUAUGUCAAAUUUGUCAAGUUGGUUAUUGAUGAAGGAAUCUCCCCCUUGAGCUUAUUGGAAUGCAGGGUCAGUACUUGUAACGAGGUCAAAGAUCCAACCUCAUCCGAUACAGUUCCAAUCAACUCAUUCUCUGAGAGUCCUAAAUGGGUUAAUGAUUUCAAUUGGAAUAAGGAAGGAGGAAUCGUGGAAUUCAACUUGUUUCCGUACAGUCUUAAAGUCUGUAACUGAACCAGAUUUCCAAGCUCGUGAGGAAUGGCUCCUAUGAACUUGUUGGUGUAGAGUUCAAGGGCAAGAAGUGACCUACAACGACCUAGUUGAGAUGGAAUUUCUCCCGUGAGUGAAUUAUUAAACAGCUGAAGAUAUUCUAAACUUGACAAGUUCCCUAUUUCAGGAGGUAUUACUCCAGACAGACGGUUUUCACUUAGGUCUAAAGAUUGCAACGCUCCCAACAUGCCAAUGGAAACAGGUAUUGGACCUUCCAAAUUGUUUCUAUAUGCUACCAACAUUUGAAGAUUAACUAGGUUUCCUAUGUCUUUUGGGAUUGUCCCUGUGAGAUUGUUGUAAAUGAUACCGAGAGCUAACAAGGAAGUGCAGUUGCAAAUGCUAUCAGGGAUGCUUCCAUUCAAAGAAUUAUCACCUAAGUCCAGCAUCUGCAGAUUUCUAAGGUUACCUAUUUCUGGUGGGAUUGGACCCGACAGAGAAUUAUAGUAAAGAAUUAGUUGAGUAAGCUGGGAGCAUAGUCCCAGUUGAGGUGGUAUAUGACCUGAGAAUGAAUUUAAAGUCAAAUCAAGAACCAGGAGGCUUGAAAGGUUUCCCAGGAACGGAGAUAUCUCCCCUUUAAGCUGCUUAUCAAGCAGGGAGAUUGAAAUGACUCUACUUGAGGAAGGGUCACAGGCAAUGCCAGACCAGUUGCAGUGAUGAUUAGCCACCGUCCAAUCUGCAAGUGCUCCUAAAGGGUCAUGAGUGACAGAUCUUUUGAACGCCUGAAGCGCCUCAACUUCAACUUCCAAGCUUGGUUCGGCAUGCAGCACAGUAAGUAAAACAGAACAAACUAUAACAAUGAUUAAACUGACACAUUUUGACAUCACUGCUAGCUAAGGUAAUGGUAAUGCUGAAGCUGGUUUGAAAGGAACUAUCGUAACUGAUGAUGAAUUUGGAUUCAAAGUCAGGCUUAUAUGCAAAUUUCAACCAAUCUUUGAUCCCUGGAAUCCAAAAUGAGUGUCAUAUCAUAACUCAAUCCAGAAUAUGAUAAACAAACUGAAUUGUCUUUGACAGUGAAAAGAUACGUACAAAGUUCAAACCCCACCUAUGUUCAGAAGCUAAGAAGGAGAGGAUUUCAAGUCUAAACACUUGACUGACCCACCUACCAGCGAAAGUGUGUAUUAAUACAAGUGGGAGAUGGUAAUGAUAAUGUCGUUUAGUGAGUGUAAUCAAUGGGAAUCUAGAACGUGACGUGGGAAUCCGGGAAACUCCACUCUUCCAACUAGUAAAUGCUUAGUUGACUCCGCAGCAAAUGUUGAAUGUGUAAAUGUAGGUAAUGGCGGUAGCACCAUUAUGGCAAGUUGAACGAAAAAUGCCAAUGGAAGGAUGGGUUGGGAUUUUAUACUUGGUGCCAAAAGGAUAAUGUCUAAUUUUGUGCUAGCACAUGAAUUUAUUGCGACUGAUUUGCAAUAAUAAAGCCAGAUUAAGCUAUGGUCCAAGGAAUCUGACAACCCAUUCAGAUUUGCGUCUGUUAUCACCAAAUCCUAUCUUCAAUUGAUUCUGGUUUGAUCCACGGUUUCUGAGCAACUUGGACUGCCUUUUUUCGUUUCAUUUUUUUAAUAAGGUUUAAUUCCGAACUAUGCGUGUAUUAUUUUUUUUCUUGGAUUAGUAUUAAUAUAUCAAUUUGUUAUUUGGCUCGGUCGCAUUGAGCUGCAAUCAAAUUGUGGGAUGUGGUAAUUAAAUUUAUUUAAAAUAAAAAAGUUAAAUUUAAAUUUUAAAAA